GCGCGGUGUGAUUCGGGUGCCGUCACUAUAAAAGCCUCGUACGGGGCCAUUUCAGUUGCAUUCAAAAUUCAGCGGUCCACUCGCAAAAAAGUCACUUCCAGUAGUUUUUAGUUUUUUUUUUAGUUAAGCUGCAAAUAAUUCACACAAGACAUGGCAAGGUGGCUCGCACUCACAUGUGCGAUUGUCGCGACUGCAUCUCUGGUCCAGGCGACUUUUGGCGGGAAAGAACACGUUCAUAUUAGGAUUCAUCUCCCAGAGCCUCAUCAUGAGCACCAUCACAAAGAAGUGAUUGUGAAGCAUCAUCACGAGCUAGAUCAUGGUCAUGGAGGUGGUGGCCACGGCGGCGGCCAUGGCGGUGGUCAUGUUGAACAUAUCGAAAUUCACGAUUUAGGAGGUGGCCAUGGGGGAGGUCAUGGAGGUGGCCAUGGGGGUGGGCAUGGAGGAGGAUUCGGCGGUGGGUUUGGCGGCCACGGAGGUGGACAUGGUGGAGGCCAUGGCGGCGGCGGUCAUGUAGAACAUUACGAAAUUCACGCUGAGGAUCUGGCAGGAUUUGGAGGCGGCUUCGGGGGUGGGCACGGCGGUGGUCAUGGAGGCGGCCAUGGAGGCGGCCAUGGUGGCGGCCAUGGAGGCGGCCAUGGAGGCGGCCAUGGUGGCGGCUACGGCGGCGGCAGUGCUCAUGUUGAAACCAUUGCUCUGAUUGAAGAUGGCGGCCAUGGUGGUGGGCAUGGAGGAGGACAUGGUGGUUUCGGCGGUGGAUUUGGAGGUGGUCAUGGUGGAGGAUUCGGUGGCGGCCACGGAGGAUUUGGUGGUGGCCACGGAGGAGGAUUUGGCGGUGGUUUCGGAGGCGGCCAUGGUGGCGGUCAUGGAGGCGGCCAUGGUGGUGGCUACGGCGGCGGAAGCGCCCACGUUGAAACAAUUGCUCUGAUCGAUGAUGGUGGUCAUGGAGGACACGGAGGUGGGCAUGGAGGAGGCUUUGGCGGCGGCUUUGGCGGUGGUCAUGGAGGAGGUUUCGGCGGCGGCCACGGAGGAGGCUUUGGCGGCGGUUUCGGAGGUGGACACAGCGGCGGCGGUGGAUAUGGAGGAAGUGGUAGCCAUAUUGAACAUAUUGAAUUAACCGAUUCUGGUCAUGGCGGCGGCUUCGGUGGUGGACAUGGAGAUGGUGGCCACGGAGGCGGCUUUGGAGGCGGUUUCGGCGGUGGGUUCAGUUCAGGCGGCCACGAUAGCUACAGUUCUGGAGGACAUGACAGUUACAGUUCUGGUGGGCAUGAUAGCUUUAGUUCAGGCGGAGGCAGCAGUGGCUGGGUUGGCGGCGGGCUAAGUGGAGGCUAUUCAAGUGGUGGAAGCGGCGGCCAUGGGGGCGGUUUCAGCUCCGGCGGCGGUGGCUUCAGUUCAGGAGGACAUGAUAGCUACAGUGGAAUAGACAGCUACAGUGCUGGCCAUGUUUCCGGCAUUGGCCACUCUGGCGGCGGAAGCGGAGGCGGCGGCGAUGGUGGAUACCACUAUCCAAAACCGCAUUAGAUCCAGUCAUACGCUUCUUACCAAUUUUCAUGUACCUUCCAUCGUCCCUAUCGUUAAACAACGAUAAGGGAUUUUUAAUUAAUUUAUCGCCACCCUCUGGCCUUUCUCCUCAUUAAUUUCUUUUCUUUCUAAACUAUCCAUUUUUUUUAUUAUUUAUCAUUAUUUCUUGCUUCAAGAACUUCCUAUCUCUCUCUUUCUCCCUUCACUUUAUCUUGCGUGCUAGGCGUAACACUCAAAGACUGUGUAUCUUCCUCUAUAAAAAAAAUAUCACCUUGUUCUCCUCACAUUUUGUUGACAUGUUGUUAGAUUUUUUUUAAUGUAAAAUUAUUGUAAAUAUGUUGAAAUUGUAACGAGAGAUGUAUAAAAAGAUGUCAAAAAAUAAGAGAAAUGCCAAACAUUUAAAA